CGCAAUGUCCCAUUUUGACUGCGUCUUGGGCAGUACCCAAGGCAUUGCAUCACUAGAGCAGAUCUUCUACACAGAACUUCCACUGCACACAGCCCGAUCGUAAUACAUUAUAAUUACAGGAUUACCAUUUCGUCAUCAGCUGUCUACAGUUCGCUACUUGCUUUUCCAGCUCGAGUCGAUAACACCAAAACCACUAGUAGUCUCAGACUACAACUGCGCAUCCAGCGGGUCAUGGACGCGCAAACAGGUCCUUAUAGAAAGGUCAUGCGUCUGACCGCGUUCGAUUCUACCAACUUCGCUGCACGGCAUCGGAGCAGUUCUCCCCGUCCGGCGGCACGAUAUCGUCAACAUCCAUACACGAUACCUGAAAAGGACCCAUCGGCAGAGAGGCUGCUUACCCUCCAGAGGAGGGAGUAUUUGCAAGGUACCCAAAUCAUACUACCCAAUGAGACGCUUGGAGGAAACCGAGCGUAUCUUAAAUCAAUGGCUUCUGCUGCUGGUCCAACAGGCGUUAUACAGGGCGGCGGAGCGUCCCAGCAAACCUGGCCGCAGUCAGCCAGUUCGGCUCCAAGUUUUGGAACGAACCCUGGAAUUAGCGCUCCUUCGGCUACAGAUCGGCGAAGCGCCAAUCAUGUGGCCCCGGAUGAGCAGCUGGGUAUUCCCAGCACAACUCAAGAAGCCUUCCUGAAGCGGGUGCCAACUGCUGGUCUCAGCGUGGCCGCACCACAGGGACUGCCAUCAAUGAUUCCUGACGAGAUGCGACCCCCGCAGCUGACUGAGAGGAAGCCCACCAUACAGUCCGAACCCAUUCUACCGCCAACUCAGGAACAGCUCGCAUACGCAAAUGACGUGAUCAAGAAUCUGAAACAAAUUUACUCAGCAAAACCACCGACGAUGCAACUACACGCAUUGUCAGACGACCACCGAAUGGAGUACAACAAACUACUAGAGCAGGUUCACAAGAUGACCCAGGACCUUGAUGCCAAGCUACCAAUGUACUGGAUUGUUUUGAGAUCGGUUGAUAUGAUCCGCAAUCUCGUCGCAAUUGUGUCAUUGGUGGCAUAUCAACGGUUCCGUGGUUCGAUAGUAGGGUCAUACUUGGUCAUAAUCGAUCGCUCCGCUCUACAGAGCAUGUAUGGCUUACUACAAAAGGCUAUCGAACACUUCGAACAAAGGCAUCAGAUGCUGGAAGCUGCCGUCACACCGCAACAAAUGGGUGGUGGACUUACUGGUCCUAUCAUAAAUCGACCAUCCCCCCUACUUACCGCUCCCAGUGUCAUUACCUCCACUCAGUCUAUCCCCCCAAUCCCCAUUCCAGAUUUAACUGGACUCAUCACCCGAUGCAACAAAGACCCCGUUUCCGGCGGUACAUUCGGAAAUAUUUAUAAAUGUAUAUACCAUGGAACAGAGGGCGAUAUAGACGUUGCUGUCAAAGCAUUUCGGCCGCAAUUCUUCAACACUGGGAUGAUGUUCGCAUUUGAGAGAGAGCUCGGGAUUUGGAAGAGGUUGCGACAUCACAAUAUCUUGAAGUUCAUGGGUACUACUCGGGACUUUGGCCCUCCUGUGGCUCUGGUUGCUCCGUGGGUAGACAAUGACACUCUGACGUCAUUCCUCAACAAUAACAGCAAGACCCUCACACGGCGUGAUCGUCUGCUUCUGCUCCGUGACAUAGCCGCUGGCCUCCACUAUCUUCAUACGUUUAGCUUCGCUGUAGACGGACACACAUACUCUAAUCCAGUCGUCCACGGAGACCUCACUGGUAACAAUGUCCUCAUCGGUAGUGAUAGAACUGCAUACCUUGCAGACUUUGGACUUUCAGGAACUUUAACUAAAUUGCCCGGUAUGACGUACCUCGCGAAGAUGAGCCGUCAUCCAGGAGCAGUGAGAUGGGCAGCCCCUGAGCUUCUUUCAGUGGAAGAAUCAGGCUCUGCAAUCACCACUCAGAGCGACAUUUAUUCCUUUGGUAGCGUCAUGCUUCAAGUUCUGACAGGAGUUGUCCCUUGGCAUCAGUUGACAAAUGAUUUCAUAAUCUGGUUGAAGGUGAUUGUAGGGGAAAGAAAUCCUCGUCCAGAUCACCAUUGUGUCACUGACCGGCAAUGGGACUUUAUAACCCGUUGUUGCUCCAAAACACCCAUCGAACGGCCUUCUGCCGAGGAAGCACUUCGGUUUGUUGAAAGCGAGCUUGCUUGUACGACCAUGGCAAUGAUGCAAUUCAUUACCUCAUACUAGGAUUUGGCGCUGCCUUGCUUGCUUAGUCAGUAGUAUCAUUAACGAGUGCUGAGCCUCACAUGAUACUUAGAGCUAGAUUAUCACUCAGUUUUAUUUUCUCGGGAAGAAAGUGUCGUUUUUUAAAUUACGGAGACGUAGAUUGAGAGGAUUCGGAAUUUCGUAUUACUUAUGAAAAGCAAGAGUAAAAGAAACUGAAAAAAUAGCAGCUGUGUUACAACUUGUAUUCAUCCCCUCGAUAUGGCGA